AUGCCGAACAAAUUCCGGAAUGGAACAUCGUCAAAUGGCAGUAGACGCGACGAGCUGAUCAAGAAGCUCGUCAAGCUUCGUGGACAAGCUGAAAAAGAUGGAUUAGAAAAAGAGCGUGUAAGGCAAAUCUUUUUAAAGUCUUGGAAUUCGGCCGCGGAGGUCCGUGCGGAAAAUAAAUUUGAGGAUGGAGAGAGUAAUGCUAACUCUGCCAGUUCCGGGUUGGCGCCAGUGGUAGACAGAGUCUGGUCGUUCUUAUUAUAUUGGCUGUUUUCCAAGGUUCCUGCUAAAAAAAAUACUCUGGUCUAUGUAUUUUCCUUGAUAUUUCCAGUGAUGCUGGCGUUUCUGCUCAUGCUUUACACCGCGGACUUCAGCUUUACGUUACUCGUAGACGACGUCAGAGCAAUGCCAUGUCUCGUCGACACAAAUUUUAUGGUGAUGGAGAUCACACGACCCGUUGAGAACUGCGAUAUAUGCCGAGGGUUUGACAGCGUACCUGUAGUCGAGAAUCUCUCACGGGAAGAAUUCCUCGAACGCCACGCGUAUAGUGGUGUGCCGGUAUUAGUGACCGGUGCCACGGCUAACUGGACUGCAAUGCAGGCUUUCAAUUUCAGUUUCUUCAAACAGCUCUACGAGGGCAUCGACGGAGCGUUGCUGAAUGUAGAAGAAGAGUGUCAGUUCUUCCCUUAUAACACCGAAUUCAGAACCCUUGCAGAGGUUUUCAACAUGACUGAGGACAGAGCAGCGUUUAAAGAGAAUGAAAGAACGUGGUAUGUUGGCUGGAGUAACUGCCAUCCGGAAGUUGCAUCUGUCCUACGUGAACAUUAUGAGAGACCAUACUUUUUACCAGUUGACUCUGAGUCCAGUGCAUUGGAUUGGAUCUUUAUGGGAGGUUCAGGAAUUGGAGCAAAUAUACAUUUAGACUUUGUUCAGCGUCCAUCCUGGCAGGCACAGAUCUCAGGACAAAAAAUCUGGACUCUGAUUCCUCCCCCUGAAUGUGAAGAUGUGUGUAAGGAAUCCAUGAAGGUUACUGUUAAUAAAGGCGAUAUAAUUGUAGUCGACACCAAUAUUUGGUACCAUUCAACAUAUGUCACUCCAGGGGAGAUCAGCAUAACCAUUGGAUCGGAAUAUGAUUGA